UGCAAAAGGUCACUUUCGAGAUGCAAGCAGCGACCUCUCUUCACUUUCCAUAUAUAAACCAAAAACCGCUUUAGGGUAUGCUGGGUCGCAGCUCCUUUGGACUCUCCGCUGUCAUCAACACUACUAGGAUUCUGAUCUUAAUACUCCUCUACCUCUGUUCAAGAGUAGAUAUAUGUCAAUUGUGAAUAUGUCGACGGUAAGAGUCCCUACAUCUUGCUUGCUCAAAAGUGCACCCCUGAGCAGAUCACGUGCCUUAAUUAAGACUCCAUCUUCCUUGGGUAACGUAAAGAGCGUCUCCAAAAUGUUCGGCUUGAAGUCUUCUUCUCCCUUCAAAGUAUCUGCAAUGGCUGUGUACAAGGUGAAACUGAUUGGACCAGAUGGUGAAGAGAAUGAGUUUGAAGCUCCUGAUGAUUGUUACAUCCUUGACUCUGCCGAAAAUGCUGGACUGGACUUGCCUUACUCAUGCAGGGCCGGGGCCUGCUCUACUUGUGCCGGGAAGAUGAUUUCGGGAUCAGUGGACCAAUCAGAUGGAUCAUUUCUGGAUGACAAGCAAAUGGAGGAGGGGUAUGUGCUGACCUGUGUGGCAUACCCGACUCAAGACUGCGUGAUACACACCCACAAGGAAGGCGAUCUUUACUGAGCAAUGCAAUGUGCCUCGCCUCUUGAUCACCCCAGUGGGGGAAAUUUGCCAGACUGGUGGUGUCUUUGUCAGUCCCAGAUAGUGAUGUGGCUAUUUAGUUUCCGUGAUGCUAUUUUUCUUAGUGUAUGCAGUUUGAUGUUAGAAGCACUCAGUAGUGUUUGAAGCAUUGUUUCUCUUCUUGAAUGUUGUUCAACAAUAAUGGACCGACGACUCUUUGGGUA